AUGGCGGACAUUAGACAACGGAUAAAUCCUAGUGUCAAGUUAUCAUCGAUAUGUCUCGGUGGUAGAUCGAUAAGGUUUCUCACGCUUCGAGAUAAGGCAUUCAUCAAAGCUCCUAAAUCCUUAAGUGAGUCACAUGGUAUUCCAUUGUUUUUGGCUAGUGAUGUUUUGUGUGGUUGCUCCCAGUUGUCAAAAAACUUCACCAGGAUCCAUGCACGAUAUUCCAAAGAUGGGAUGGCAACAAAACUGUUAUUGAAAGAUUUCCGUGUACUUGGAGUAAGUCAUAGUACCACUGUCUGGUUCUACAACAUCCGUGGAGUGUUUCAGGUGGUGUUUGAAUACCAAGAGAAAAAAGUGCAGAGAGAUUGUUUAUCAAAGCUUAAGGACAUAUGGCUUUGUAGGUAUCAUGAUGAUAAUCUUCCAGAGAAUCUUGGUGUAACCCUGGAUUUUUCCAGUCCUGAAAGUGGUCCCACACCAAUAGCACAGGAAAACCACAAUCCGCAUCACUUUGUGCUUAACAAUGAUAAACCAGAUGAAGGACAGGAGUUGUUUCCCCUGAAUGAAGAGGAGAUUGUUAUAGAACUGAUUCAACAAAGCCAAACAGAUUCCAAAAGUUCUGAUUCCAGACAUGAAAACACAAUGUCAAAUAAUUCUACUGAUUAUUUCAAUAAUCUGAAUGGUAUUUCACUGCUGGAUAAUGAUGUAAAUGGCACACACACAUCCAACAAAGGAGAAGAAAUUGUCCCAACAGUGGUUAAGCAAGCUCUACUUGCAGCUGACAAUGUUCAACCCCGUCAAUCAUCCCAAAUGAUUGAUGACAAUACUAAGGAUUUGGGAGAACAAGAUCUUAAAAUUGAGGAUGUCCAUCUCUGUCACUCCUGUGGAUCAUUAAACUGUUCAUCAUUUCAAUCAACACAGACAGAUGAUGGUGAAACAUCUUGUGGAUUAUGUACUGCAUCAAGGUUAGAAAAAAACUUUGUGCAUAAGCCUCUCUGCUGCAAUAAGGCAACACAGAUAGACACAGUGCCCCGCAGUGUUACAAAGGUUUCUGUGGGUGUUCAAACUGACCAGUGUAUCUCUCUAAUUCAUGACUGUCCAGAGAUUAAUUCCAAAGAGUCAAUACAAAGAAAUGCAUCGCUACAGACUGAAAUCACCAUGGAUACAAUGGCUGUUCUUACUCCUAAUUGUUUACAUGCCUCAGCAGAUAGAAUAAAAUGUCAUAAUUUCUCACAAACAAGCUCCAAUAAUAAACACCAUGCAAAACAAAGUGCAAAAACAGUAGUGAUAAAUGAAUGCAUCAGUGUUCUGAAGACAUUAAUCAAAUAUCUUGCUCAAAUGCAGUCUGUCCUUCAAAAUCUUGAACUCUCACCAGUUCUGAAAAGGUUUCAUACCAUACUUCAGUUAUUGAUACGAGACAUCUGUCUUGAAGAACAUUUAGGCUUUCCAUUCCAGUUGAUACAAGAAUAUCUUGACAUGUUGGUCACAGAGGGAAAUACUGAUACUGUUGAUGACGAGUGGGGAAAUUCCUCACAGAGAAACUUGUUUUUACAUAUUGUCUGCCAUUGGCUUGGACAGGAAUUCCACAAAUUUGAGCCUUUAAUUUCUCAAAGAGUUGAGGACUUUAAGCAAAAGCAUAUUAAUUGUAUAGACAAUCUGCCUCCAGCUGAGAGGAUCGUGGAUCUGGUGUUCCCAAGUUUUAUGAAGGAGCUUAUAGUGAACUGGACCAGUAGAACUUCCUCAAGUCCAUUUGGAUGUAUGGGAAGUGACCAUGACUACAGCCCUCCUGUAAAGAGACUCUGUGUGAGUGAUGAUUCAUCUCCAGCCUAUCCUUUGGUGCAGCAUAUUCUGGAGUUUGCUAACCAUGCCUUGGUGUCAGGAGUGGCUCAUGUGGUCUAUUCCAGACUCAGACAUUCUGUGUAAUGCUCAACUGCAUUUCUGUGUACUUAAAAACUCUAUACGAGAAUAUGAAACAUCAGAAAUUUUUGCUGUCUGUGAAUGCCAUGAUAUUUACCUCAAACUUCCAGUACAAAUGGUGUACAUGAUAUAUUCAUCAUCAGUGUUAAAAGCCAUUAA